UGGAAUGACUAGCGCUUGUCCGUCCAUACUUGUACCGCAAUUCACGUAUUGACACACAAGUCGUCUUAUUUUUUGUUAAGAAAAGAAAGAAAAAAGGUCAAACGAAUCAACAUCUUCAGGAAAGAAAACACGAGAAACAUCAUAGCAAAAAAAAUAUCUAAAAAUUAACAGCGAAUACAUUUUAAUAUCGAAUCUUUUUAUCGAACAAAAUUUGUUGCUAAAAGAAUAAAACAGAACAAAUCUCUCAUCACCAUCAAAGAUCAAACAAUGGCCGGUGCUACGAAAAUUGAGCGAGCACAAGAGCUCUCAACCCGCAGUCCAAAACACGGCAUUGACUUCCUCAAUAAAAUCGUUCGAGAACAAGAGGUGGCCGAGAACGAUGAGGAAUUGAUUCGCAUCAAGGAGCAGGGUAUCCAGCAGCUGGGUGAACUCUACAAACAAGAUGGCAAGGCCAAAGAGUUGGCUGACCUCAUUAAGGUAACAAGACCUUUCCUCAGUUUGAUUAGCAAGGCGAAGGCCGCCAAGUUGGUCAGAUCUUUGGUUGAUUUGUUCUUGGAUAUGGAAGCGGGCACUGGCAUCGAGGUGCAGCUUUGCAAGGAUUGCAUCGAAUGGGCCAAGCAAGAGAAGAGAACUUUCCUUCGCCAAUCGCUGGAGGCCCGUUUGAUUGCUUUGUACUUCGACACUGGCCUAUAUCCAGAAGCUCUGCAAUUGGGCUCACAAUUGCUCAAAGAACUGAAGAAACUGGACGAUAAGAAUCUCCUUGUUGAAGUCCAGUUGUUGGAAUCCAAGACCUACCAUGCCCUCAGCAACUUGCCUAAAGCUCGAGCUGCUCUAACAUCUGCUCGCACAACAGCAAACGCAAUUUACUGUCCUCCAAAAGUGCAAGGCUCUCUAGAUUUGCAGUCGGGCAUUCUGCAUGCCGCAGACGAGCGCGACUUCAAGACCGGAUUUUCUUACUUCUAUGAAGCGUUUGAAGGAUUCGAUAGUGUGGACGCUGGCCGCGCCUUGACUGCUCUCAAGUACAUGUUGUUGUGCAAGAUUAUGCUGGGACAGUCUGAUGAUGUUAAUCAAAUAAUCAGUGGGAAGCUGGCAAUUACAUAUUCCGGAAGAGACAUUGAUGCAAUGAAAUCAGUUGCCGAGGCAUCCCACAAACGUUCUCUUGCCGAUUUCCAACAAGCUCUAAAGGACUACAAGAAGGAACUAGCUGAGGAUGUCAUUGUCCAAGCACAUUUGGGAACACUAUAUGACACGAUGUUGGAGCAAAAUUUAUGCAGAAUCAUUGAACCAUAUUCUAGAGUUCAGGUUUCACACGUUGCCGAUUGUAUUAAGCUUCCAAUGCCACAAGUCGAAAAGAAAUUGUCACAAAUGAUUUUGGAUAAAAAAUUCAGCGGUAUCCUCGAUCAAGGUGAAGGCGUACUUAUUGUAUUCGAAGAAACAACCGUCGACAAGACCUACGAACGCGUGCUAGAGACAAUUCAAAGUAUGGGAAAAGUUGUUGACACGCUCUAUCAGAAGGCUAAGAAAUUGUCAUAGACGUUAGGACUUUAAAUGGGGAUUGAUUUCUUAUAAUUAUAAUACAAAAAAAAAACAGGUUUUGUUUAUUGUGGGAUAAUAUCAAAUUCAUUACCGUAAAGUAAAAAACAAACAAAUUAAUUAACAUAAAUACUUUUUCCUUCUGUCCGAAGAAUAACUAUUCAUAAAUAUUAUAUUUUAAUUUUCUAUUAUUCAAAUUUUUCGUUAGUCAAAAUAUAAAAAUAUAAAAAAAAUUGAAACUGAAACUGAAACCAACAACUUUACAUGCAACAAUAAUAAUUCAAAAAUAUUUUUUUCCCAAUGUCUUUUAAUACAUACAUCAAAUUAUUAUCAUUAUAAACGUAAUAUUAAAAACAAAAUUAACAACUGGAUACAAUGGUUUUUUUAUUUGACGAGGGCAUUUUGAAAUUAUUCUUACCACAUUAGUUAUGUAAGGAAAAAUAAUAUUAAAAAAAUAAAUACUGUUUAAAGAUGUCAAAAAAUAAAGAAAAAAUGUAUUGCUACCUUGGCCACAUUUUGUGGAUGUUUUUUAGCACAAA